GCUUGAGCGUCGUACACUCUGUACACUCUUUAAGAGUACAGCUGUUCCAACCAAUAAAGGGGAGUCAAUGAAUGUUCUCUCUGAUCAGAAGGGAGAGAAACAAUUCGCGCUAAUGUGAAGAUCGAAGAUGUCAACCAUAGCCAAAAAUAUCUUGCAGAGGUGUGCCAGUUUGGGUGGACCCGGAUUGCAAUUUUCCCGAUCCUUAAAUGCCAAUCGCGCCGUGGUAACUAAAAUCGGCCGAACAAUCUACGAGAGGACCUAUCCGGAUACGUUGAUGGUUAAACCCGAUGGAUCCACGAUCCGAAUCCGAUAUCAUAUCCCAAGACAAAUCAUUAAAUUACCUUUUGACAUUCAAGAAUCUUCCAUGGCGGACUUGAAGAGGAUCAAAGCUCUUCGAACCCAACGAGAGAAGAAGACAGACGUUGGCGAGGACCUUAAAGUGAAAGCAUUCGACCCUUUGGACUACUUGAAUUGAUCCUGCCAGGGAUAUCAUUUUU